AUGAAGGCCCUAUCAACCCUACGGAUAAUACCAAUGAACAACACUCCCAGCAACAGCGCUAUCUUCAGUGACGAUGAGGUGGCUAGGGCAGUUGCUGUGAUGGCUGCUGUUAUAGUAAUCGGUUGCAUCGGUAAUACCCUUGUAAUCGUUGUUCUCUGUCUGAAAAACUCGUCCACUAACAGCCGUUGGAACCGUUACAGGCGCCGGCAACAAAAUGGCGAUGCCGAUACCAGUACCUUUGGCAGGGACAAGACCCUGGACUUUUUUAUUCUUGUCUUGGCAGGAUCAGAUCUCCUCGUGUGUGUCAUAAUCAUUCCGUCAACCAUCACCAUGGAGUUAUAUCAAUUUCGAAUAAGUAUCGACAUAUUGUGUAAAUUAUUCUACAUCAUGUUCGUGACGAACACGACUUUUUCAUCGCUGCUAAUAUCAGCAGUAGCACUCGACCGAUAUUUAUUUAUUUGUCACUCCUUGAAGCAAAUUCUCACCCUACUCAGAGCAAAAAUACUUGUCUCUACUUUGGCCAUAUUUUCUCUUUGUGUGGGCAUUGCUGCCGGAUGUGUUGUUGGCGUGAAGUCGAUACAAGCAAAUAAUUCUGGCAUCAGUAAUCCCCAGAACUACAUCUGCGAGGAGAAUGAGUAUGUUCGCGGGAUAAGCGAAUUGCAGAAGACGGUUUCCCAAAUCAUCAAAUAUAUUAAUCAUGCCUGUUACCUUGCCUGCAUAUUAAUCGUUCUAAUUCUGUAUUCUUGCGUAUUUCGGGCAAUCGUGAGUUCGCGUUCGCGCCGUGAUAAGCUUGCUGUUCAACAACGGCAACAACAAAACGGAAGCGAUUCUAGCGAACAAAGGAAGCCGGAAAAUGCAAGACCCUCACGUCAGCUCAUGGUCAGUUUUUCGACAAAAAUCAUCCAAAAAGCUCAGUUUACUCUUCAAAACCUCCGCUCAGCCCUCAUGCUCUUCAUCAUUGCCCUCGUGUACAUCCUCACUUUUGUGCCCGCGUUGGUUAUCGCAAACGGCUGGGCACACCAGAAUUUGGUGCUAUUUUAUCUUUACUAUGUGAACAGUGCUGCGAACCCCUGUAUCUACGCUAUUUUUACGCCCUCCUUUCGCCAGUUCGUUGCCACCAUCUUCCGCGACUGUUUCUGUGACGGCAAAAUGCGGCAGUCCUCCAGCUCGGGAGCUGCUGCCAUUCGAACGGGCAGUUUGAUGUUUCAGAAAAUGGGGAAGAAGGGAAAGUCCAUCGAAGAUGCUUACCCCUUUGUUUCCCGUGAGGAGAGAAUGGCCUCAGCGGCAUUACCAAGCAUGGAUUCCAACGCUCCCGCAAGUGAUUCAUAA